AUGGCCGACGACGCUGGUACCGCCGGAGAGGCUCCCAUUACCUUCAUCGUCAAGACCUCAACAGAUAAGAAAUACACGAUGACCCUUCCGCUGUCCACUCUGGUUUCAGACUUGAAGCAGAAACUCGAAACAGCCGAGCCAGACAAGUCUGACAAAUCCGAUGACUCCAAGAGCAUCCCGGCCGAUCGUCAACGUCUGAUUUACUCCGGCCGGAUCUUGAAGGAUAACGAGACUCUAGAAUCUUACAAGAUUAAGGAUGGACACACUAUUCACCUGGUUGGCAAUGCCAACAGCAACCAGCGUGCAAAUGCUGGAGCUACAUCUACUUCCGGGGCAGCCUCUGCUACGGGAACUCCGACUCCUCCUGCCGCUGCCGGUGUUCCUACAAACUUGGCCGCCGGUACAGGUAACAACCCCCUCGCCGGGCUGACUGGAGCUCGAUAUGCCGGGUUUGCCCAGCUUCCCGGGGCUGGUCUCUUUGGCCCUGACGGUGGGUCUACUCUCAACGAGGCCCUCCAGAACCCCGCGAUGAUCGACAUGAUGAUCCAACAGAACCCCAUGCUCCGCGAUAUCGGACCUGGGGCGCGCCAGAUUUUCCAAAGUCCCGAGUUCCGCCGUAUGCUGACGGAUCCCCAACAAAUCCGUCAGAUGAUGCAGAUGCAGCGGAUGAUGGGCGAUAUGGGAGGUGGGGGCGCCGGCGCCGGCGCCUUCCCCGCUCCCGGCGUGACGAACACAACCGCUGGCGAGAACCAAAAUCAACAGCAAAAUCCCGCAGCCAAUCCGUUUGCACAGAACCCUGCUGGAAACCCUUUCGCCGCACUCUUCGGCGGCAACGCGAACCCAUUCGCCAACCCCCCUCGCACAGCCAAUCAGGGCGACCAGUCCACAGAUCGGGGCACUACUGGAGAAGGACAAACUCCUGAGGCUGCUCAGAACCCAUUCGCUUCUUUGUUCAACCCGGCCAUGUUUGGUGGUGCCGGACUGGGUGGACAGGGCGGCGGCAUGAACCCGUUCAUGAACCGUGACCCAGCCAUGAUGGCUCAGUUGCUUCAGGGGUUGGGAAACGGAAAUACAGAGGGCGGUGGUGCCGGCGCGAAUGCGUGGGCAAAUAUGCUUGGCCUUGGAGGUGCUGGCGCGUCACAACAGCCCCCUGACAACCGUCCCCCAGAGGAGCGGUAUGCCGAGCAACUUCGUCAAUUGAACGACAUGGGCUUCUUUGAGUUUGAACGCAACAUUGAAGCAUUGCGACGAUCGGGUGGCAGUGUACAAGGGGCAAUUGAGCACCUCCUGAACACCUCGUCAUGA